AUGACGGACCAGAAGACGAGGGCCUUUGUGGUCGAGCACCUCGACCCCGAGCUGGGGCCGUGGUCCGCUCUAGAAUACGCCGCUAUCGCUCGCGAAUCCCACGCUCGUGGUGCGCGAUUCCUGCUCAGCUCCGUGCCCACCGAGCUGCAGAUGCCCGCUGACCUGGCCGCUACUCAGGGCCUCGAAGUCGAGCAGCGCAGCGUCGAGGAGAUCUUUGCUGAUAAGAAAGACCGGGUCUGCCUGCUGGACCCCGCCGCGCCGGUCGAGCUGAGCCCGGAAGACGGCGAGACGUUCGAUGUCUUCCUCUUUGGCGGUAUUCUCGGCGAUGAUCCGCCUCGAGGUGAGUGUGUUUCGAGCCUUGGUGCGGUAUCUGGCGCGGACACCGCUAACCCAGCGUCUGUAGAUCGCACCUCCGAAUUGAGGAAGAAGGGCUAUGUCGGCCGCCGCCUGGGCCCGAAGCAAAUGACAACCGACACGGCCGUGCGGGUGACGCGCAUCGUCGUGCAUGAAAAGGUGCCCCUCGAGAAGAUCGACUAUGUCGACUACCCCGAAAUCCUAAUCAACGAGCACGAGCGGACCGAAAUGCCGUUCCGCUAUGUGAAAGAUGCCGCCGGGCAGCCAAUCAUGCCCGAUGGGAUGGUGGAUCUGAUUAAGAAGGACGCCGACAAGGGCGUCGAUGAUCUUUUCUAG